CAUCCGCGCAGAGGUAGAUAAAUGCGAGAGAGCCAGACGCACAUGAGACAACAAGACAGCAGACAAAAGAAGAAAAGAUCCAGGAGACAAGUGAGAACAGGGACCCGAUGGCUUCGUCCCCGCCCGUCCCCAAGCCGAGGGCUCGCUACGCCAGGGACAGCCGAGGCUCCGCCUCCACGCCGGACGGCCGAUCAGCGUACGCGCGCACCAAUCUGUGCCUGUCGGCAAGAGUUUGUUGGGGUGGCUCCACUGCGGGCAAUAAUUAGCGGGCGGGGUAGUUCUGAUUUCACGAGGAGUUUGAUUCUGUCCCGGUGGGUGGCGAAGCUGACACCUGUGCCUGCCUGUCUUUCAGAAAUCACACUCUUUCCAAUGGAGUUCACUUCAGCACAGGUACCCACGUACACAAUGGGCACUAAAAGAGCCCGACACAAGACAGCGCAGCGCGCGCCAGUGUCAAAAACCGGUUUCAAAACCAAUGAAGACCCGGGCUCACCCGCGCUGGCAUUUGUCGGCGACUCUGGCUCCGGCCCGUCUCUCUCGUCCCCGCCCUCCAUACGCACCAUGGCUAGCAACAUUGCUAAGCGCAUACCUAGCUUAGCGGGCGCUGCCAGCACCAUCGGCGCUGAGCCCAGCCCUGCUCCUACGCCAAACCCGGGCGCCACUCUUAGCUCCUUAUCAAACAUACCUAGUUUAGCAGAGAUGCUUAGCGCAGUGGCUAACUCGCCGUCCCAACGUUCCGCCAAAGGCGUCCCCCUGCCAAAACCCGACGAUGCCGGCGUGGCGCUGGACUCGCCGGCACCGACACGGGGCCAAGUUGGAGUCACGGAACCAGGUGAUGGUGGAGGUGGUGAGAAAAAGUCAAAGGAGGAAGAAGACGACGACCUCUACAUCACCGUCUUGGAAAGUUGGGACCACGACGACAUCGACACCGACUCGUCCGACCAGGAGGAACUCUAUCAAAAUUGUCCGCCCGCAACCAAUGGAGCUAUGAGAGGAGACUUUGUGCACGAGCCGCUCAACAGCACCAACCGUCGCUCGAGUACCACGUCCCCUCGGCCGGCGCCGCCUCCUAAGUUGCAUCUGGCCCAAUCGGCAAAGGGCGGGAAGUCCUCCAGACAAAAGACACCGGGCGUGGCAACCAUCCGGGUGUCGAGGAAGAAAGGACACGGCCCGCCUAGCGGUCAGCAAAGCGCGGUGGUCCGAGCCAGCUGGCUGGACGUUUGGAAAGGCUUCAGACACAACGUCUUUUGGGCCACGCUGGACGGACAGUUGAUGUCUUUGUGGAAAAAACGUACAGACCAGUUCAGCGAGGUUCUCUUCCACGUGUCCGGCAUCACAAACGUCAAGAAACUCGAUCGAGGGAGAUUCUCCAUCUACUUCAAGAAGAAACAUUACGACUUCUUGGCUUACAGCGACGACGUUCAGGACGGUUGGGUCCGCUCGCUGCUGGCGUCACGGGGUCAGCCCGGUCCCGCCGGCCCGGACCUCCACGGCGCCGUGACGGUCAAGGACCCAAAGAGCCGCUUCUACGCUGCCGUCUGGGGCCACGAUUUGUGGGUUUACCAGAACAAAGAGGGCUUCCAGCUGGGCGUGGCCUGCUACAGCAUUCCCCUCAACCUGGCCACGGUCCAGACCACCGGGAGACACUCCUUCACCCUCGCCACCCCGUUCAGGACCUUCGGUCUGUCUGUGGAUUCGUCCAAGGAUCUGUCCGUCUGGCUGGAAGCGUUGUCCUCGUCCAUCAGCAGCGCUCUGUCCUGCAGCCAGGUGGUGACGCGCCUGUGGAAGAAUCCCAGCAACCGGCAGUGCGCCGACUGCGGCGCCGCCGACCCAGAGUGGGCGGCGGUAAACCUGCUACUGGUCAUCUGUCACAGCUGCGCAGGGCAACACCGAGCUCUGGGCAGCACCCUGUCCAAGGUCCGUAGUCUGAAGAUGGACAACAAGGUGUGGACUGAACCACUCAUACAGCUGUUUGUUGGCCACGGUAACCGUCUUGCCAAUCAGGUGUGGGCCCCCGUGGUACCCUCGGCCGAGCAGAUCGCUCCAGAGGCCUCCCACGAGAGCAGGUCCAAAUUCAUCCGGGAUAAAUACAGCAAGGGGCGCUACCGGCGACUCCACACCCUGGCCUCUUCUCCCCAGCUGAUGCAGCAGAGGCUGCGACAAGUGGUUUGCGGUGGCGACGUGGAAGAAACUUUCUCACUUCUGUGUUCGGGGUCAAAGGUGUGUCAAACGGACCCUCAGAGCCCCUCGGCCAUUCAGCUGGCUGAAAGAGCAGGCCAAGCUCUGCAGGCUGAGCUUCUCAGACUCAACGAGUACACAGAGGUUCCGCGACACCUGCCAAAAUGGGGGGACGGGAGAGCCGAGUCAAGGCCCUCAGGUAAAGCCACGCUUUAUGAUGCAUUCACGGAGGCGGCUUACGCGUCUCCACGUAUAGCCGAGGAAGACGAGAAGCUUCACGGCAAACUGGAAGACGAUCGUUUCCUCUUCUCUUUGGAAAACGACUCUGCGGCUUGCGACGUCCUCGACUUACGAGAGGUUUCCUCGCUUUUCCGAAAUGACGAGGCCACCUUUCAAUUUGAGUUGAUCACUUUGGACAAUCAGCUCCUCUGCGUGGCCGAGAGUGAGGACGAAAACCUCAUCCACCUGGUUCAUAUCCUCAAGGUGAUUCUCCCGGCCGGCGUGUCUGACGCUGAGAUGCGCAGGGCACUCGGGGUCAGCAAAGUGCACGUGGUGGAAGACGGCGGCAGCGGCGGCGCCUCGGAGAACUCCGAGGCCUGGUUGCUGCUCUGGGACGGCGGGGUGAGCGUCCAUCGCGCUCGCAGAGGCUCCAAGAAGACGAUGUUAAAGAUGGAACUGAGCGCGCUCAGUCGCCACGAGAUGGAUCCGGCUGGAGAUAUCAUAACCAUGGUGCUCGCACACAGACGGGUGUCCCUGCACUUUGACGCGCACGACAGCUGCGGCAGAUGGUACCGCAUGCUGCAGGACGCUCUGGCCGAUCAAAAGGCUCCGGAAUCUCCCGUAACGUCCGAGCCGCCCAGCGACCCCGACUCGGUGCCGCUCGCCAUCCGCCGAUGUGUCCGGCACAUCCAAAAACACGGUGGCGACUUCCUCUCCUAUCUCCCAUCUCCUUUCCUGAAGGCUUCUUCUUGUCCGACGCACUCUCAGCCACCCUCGAUUGUCCGUCGCUGGCGUAUUUCAGGUCUGAAGGUGGAGGGCGUCUACCGGCGCUGCGGGCUCGCCUCAAAAGUGUCCCAGUUGGCCGAGGCCCUGGCAAGACGGCCCGAUUCUGCCCCGCUGGAGUCGGGCGAACAGGGCGUGCUGGACGCCGCCGCCGCCCUCAAGCAGUACAUCCGGCAGCAAGUGCAACUCUUCCCUGAGGACGAGCGCAACAAGUGGAUGCGUGCUGCUGGCAUUUCAGAUGAGCGCGCCAGGUUCUCAGCCUACAGACGCUUGCUACGCCAAAUGCCCGCUGAGAAGCGAGGGACGCUCGACGCCUUGUUUGGACACUUUUACACGGUCCAGACGUUCUCUCAGGUCAACAAGAUGUCGGCUCACAACCUGGCCUUGGUUCUGGUUCCGUCGCUCUUUGACAGUCUUAACGGCGACCUGCUCAAGCUGACGCGCGAGUUGGUUCUGCAUCACGCGCCGCUCUUCCACUUCCAGCUGCACCACGAUGAGGAAGAGAUCACCGUCCUCUGAGCAACAACUACCAACACGUGACAAGAUACAUACAUGUACAAAUUCAAAAAUGGAUUUGGCUUUUUGCGAAGUGAAAAGGUAAUAACUUGUGAAAAUCGACUCCCCUUAUUUUUUAAAGCAACGUCAAAGUCUGCUUUAUUGUCAAUUUCUUCACAUGCCAAGACACAAAGAAAUCGAAAUUACAUUCCCACUAUCCCACGGUGACAAGACAUAGUACACAAUAUACAUAUAUCCCUCUUGAAAUGAUGUCCAAUAAGAAAAAAUGUCAUCAAUUACUGAAAACUAUUCAACUGCCUGUAAAAGAAAUUUUCCACAAAUGUGUUACUCAUAAGAAGAAGCCCUUUGAUGAAACCUUUUUUUCUCUCCAAAAGAUUCUUUUUCAAAUGGCGCGGUACCACCUUUUGUAAUCGAAAAUGCUCCCCAAAACA